CUUUCUGUUUGAUGAUGCGAGGCCCUUUUGAGGGAUGUGAGAGGUGCACGAAUGGAAGUCCCAAACGCAUUACGAGUACGCUGCCUCGGCUAUGGAUUGUUUUUUUUUGCCUUCUUUCAGAUGAGUGCACGGCAUAUAUGACAUGGUACUCGGAGUAAUCGUAUCAUAUGGCAAUAACUAGAGGGAUAUGGGAUAUGGGAUACAUGCAGUGCGACUCUACUACUGCAGCUGUACUGUACCUACCACUCUGCGGUCCCCCAUAGCCCAUCGUGCUCUAGCUGCGACCUCUUUUGUACGGACCAGGCAACUCCAACGCCCAUUUCGGCCCUCACGAACGGUCCUCAUUAUUUGGCAGCACCCAAACGACCGUCGCCUCGCCGUCGGACUUUUCUUGCUUCAGCCAUCGAGGAAGAGGAAUCAUACGGGAAGCGACAAAAACUGGAUUCUUCACGUGGAAAGCCCUAACCGUCCAACCGGACCUUGCAAGCUAAAAGGCCAAACUAAAUGGCGAUUGGAAGUUUCUUGAGGCAGAAGUUCAGACGCUCCACCUCCAACGCGUCGUCCAUCUCCAUCUCCAGCCAAGAUUGUUCCCAAUCGCAAUCGCAACCCCAGAAUCAGAAUCAGCAUCAACAUCACAACCAGAAUCACAAUCAUACACACGGCAGUCGGUCUACGAAAUCGCGACGCGGAAGUCAGACACCAUCACGACGAGCGCCAUCGACGUUUGGGAGUGCGACAAUUGAUGAGACAGCAGAGAAGAGCGAUGGAACGGCAACUAGCACUAGAGCCGAAGCCAAAAGUCUACUAGAGAACGCCAGCGGCGAACAAAGCAGCGAUCUACACUCGCCCUCCUCGAAGCACAUUUCCAUCCCCGACACCAAAGCCAUCGAGGAGGCGGAUUGCGCAGACUUCCCUACCCCCAACACUGAUACCAUAUCGCCGGUCGCGGAGGAGGAAGUGGAAGAUCUUGAUGAGAUAACGCCGGACGGGAACGCGCAAGGGACGAGUGCGACCAAUACGCCGAAAGCUAAGGCGCGCCCUGCUGAACUCCAGAGACGACAGAGUUUGGUGCCGCCGCAGCAGACGCGACUGAUCAAGACGUUACUGGAGACGGAAUUGCCUUCGGUGAACAGAGCGGCGACUCUGGAUUAUUUCACAUCCAACGGUUCUUCGACCAUCAGCCCAAACAUGGUGAGCAGGAAGAUUUGGGUCAGGAGGCCCGGAGCGUCAGCCACGCUGGUGACGAUUAACGAGGAUGAUUUGGUAGACGAUGUGAGGGAUAUGAUCUUGAAGAAAUAUGCAAAUACGCUGGGGAGAAGCUUUGACUCGCCGGAUGUUACGUUGAGGAUCAUUCCUAGGGAAAACCAGCAGCAGAGGACUCUGGGCCCGGAGGAACCUAUGGGCAGGACGCUGGAUGCAUAUUUCCCAGGAGGGCAGACAGUAGAGGAUGCUUUGGUUAUUGAUGUGCCACCGAGGAGGACGCCGAGACCAUCACCACAUACCGGAAGACAAUAUUACGAGGAUGGACGGCCGUUGGAGAGCGCGAGCGAGUAUUUCCCACCGAUGGCUGUACCAGCACCACCUUCGCCACACCUACCAGCCUCGAUACCAGUCAAUGGAUUGGCAAACCACAAUCACUCCAAUCUAGCAACUCACUCCAUGUCCGUAUUGACCACUGGUCAUGUCCCGGCAUUGCCCUCUCCAGGACGAAGACCACAUCAUCCCACCACGAACCGACCACGAAUGGGUCGUCAACAUACCUCCUCCCCUACCAUAAUCAGUACCCACCAACAACAAACGGUCAUGAAUAAUGGUACGCAUGCACACUCUCGAGUUCCUCGGGCAAGAACUCACUCCAGUGCAUCAGAAAAAUCCUCAAACCCAGCACCAGCUGCCCCACCUCUCCCCACGCCCCCAGCACCNGCACACUCUCGAGUUCCUCGGGCAAGAACUCACUCCAGUGCAUCAGAAAAAUCCUCAAACCCAGCACCAGCUGCCCCACCUCUCCCCACGCCCCCAGCACCCCUCCAAGCCGAAUCAUCUCAGAUCCAACGCGUCGCUACACCACCACCUCGUGUCUCUUCUCCUCGUCCUAGAACCACCAACAGUCGACCAAAGAAGAAGAAGACAAAUGCAGAUCAUCCUUCUCUCCCAGCCGGAAUGCUCAACGGCGCUGUCCCCCCAAUCAACGUAUUAAUUGUAGAAGACAACAUCAUCAAUCUCAAACUCUUGGAAGCAUUUAUGAAGCGACUAAAAGUACGUUGGCAGACAGCCAUGAACGGAAAGGAAGCCGUCACCAAAUGGCGCGCAGGCGGUUUCCAUCUCGUGCUCAUGGAUAUUCAACUUCCCAUCAUGAGUGGUCUUGAAGCUACCAAGGAAAUUCGUCGGUUAGAAAGAUUAAACAACAUUGGCGUUUUUAGUUCUUCUGCGGGAGCCGGAGCUGAGGAGGGGGGCGAGGUGGAGGCUGAGGAGGAUAGACUGCCGAGUAGUGUGCUUUUCAAGAGCCCGGUUAUUAUUGUGGCGCUUACGGCUAGUUCGUUGCAGAGUGAUAGACAUGAAGCUUUGGCGGCGGGUUGUAAUGAUUUCUUAACGAAGGUAUGUUUUUCUUCCUCUUCCCUUUGUCACUACGCCAUUUUCGUAAGCUGUGACUCUAACAAAAUUUAGCCUGUCAACUUUGUCUGGCUCGAACGAAAAGUCAUGGAAUGGGGCUGUAUGCAAGCCCUCAUUGACUUUGACGGCUGGAGAAAAUGGAAGGAUUUCUCGCAAAUGCAACAGCUUGAGAGCGGAGAGGGCGGGGAGGAGAAAAAGAAGGCCGAUGUCAAGAAGAAGAAGGGGAAGAGUAGUAGAAUUAGUACCUCUGGUAGUGGGGAAUUGAUGAAAGUUGGCGAAGCGAGGGAGAUGGGUGUGGUCUGAUGAGUGAAAACUAACAAUCAGAGGUGGAUGGAAGAGAUGGUGUAUGAGGUGAUGAAGAGGUAAUGGAUGGAACAUGCAUGGAUUGAGCCCACGGAUCGGGGGGAAUGGAGGGAAUCAUCGUUUUCUCCUUGUUGGCGGUUCUUUUGGACGUACAUAUUUAUCUCCUGUAGGAUGAGAAGGUGGAGUAAGGCAGAGAGGGGGCAAAACAUGAGCGAAGUGGAAAGGAAGCACGUCGAGCUGUGCAAAUGAGAGAAAGACCUGAUCUCGGGAGAAACAGAGAGAGGAAUUCGUAAAUAUAGUUAAUACCCAUGAAUCUUAAGAUUUUCAAGA